UUUGCUGUCAAGCUGUCGGUUUCCUAAGGGAGGAUUUUGCAUUUUUCCAAACAAUAUUCAUUUAGUUAUUACAGUUAUUAAGUUUUAGUGGAAGUAAUUAUGUCUUAUGCGUAAAUUACCAUUGAAUAUUGUUUAAUAAGAGCCUUAGUGAUUGAAAAACAAAAACUAGUUAUGAUAUUAGCUGAAACAUUGCUUUUCUCUCUGUCUUUGAUCGAUUGUGGAGCUAUAUUAUUUCUUUUGGUUUACUACAUAAUAACUUUGUCGGAUUUAGAGUGCGACUAUCUAAAUGCUCAAGAAUGUUGUGACAAAUUGAAUUACUGGCUGGUGUUUAAGUACAUUGCACAUACGUUUGUUACAGUGUUACUGUUAUUGCAUGGUCAAGUGUUAUUGUUUUUAUUGAACCUGCCUAUGUUUAUAUGGCUCACUUUCGAAUAUUUCACAAUACCCCAAGGGAAUUUGGGAGCGUACGACCCCGCUGAGAUCCAUAACCGUGGACAGCUCAGAAAACAUUUGAGGGAUGUUAUGAUCUACAUUGGUCACUAUCUCAUAUUCUUUUUUAUCUAUCUAUACUGCUUUAUACUAGCGCUGCUAAAAGGCGACCCAAUUAAUAGAUCUGACGAUCAGAUUGUUACCGAAAUCUAAAAUGUCUGACAGUUCAGGUGAUGCAAA